GAUUCCAAUACAAAUGCUAUGUUUAAAUACAACCUCGAUCCAGCCAAUUGUAGCUUGAUGCAAACGAAUUCUGCAACCAAAAAACUAAACACAAGAUACACAUACAAAGCAAUCUCAGGGCCAGCUGUUCUCAUCUGUAACAUCACCAGGUGUGGCCCUCUCUAACUUCAAGAAGCUCUUGAAAACCAUAUGAAAACUCAUCUCUUGCAAACAUUUCCUCUAACCCCUUACCUCUAACAUGCAUUUCCUGCUCUUCUUCUAUCUCCUUAUAAUUGGUUGCACUAUUUUGUUAACUCUUACUUCUUUCCCUAGACAGGCUAUUUACUCUAUUGAUGCUGUAUACGCGAAUAGCUCUUACAGUAUUGAUGCUUCUUGAUCAUUGCAUGUUGUAAAUAUAAUGGUUUGAUAUCAGGAACAGUGAUUUUAGAUGUUGGUAUUGACAAAAAAAAAUUUGCAUGGAAAACUAAACAUGAACAAAAAGGGAAACAUUGUCACUGAAACACACAACAAAGUUUUAUUGGCUUUGAAACGAAUGAUUAUUGGAUUAUGUGUAUCCGAUUUCAGAUGAACUUCAAUCAGCUGCGCUUUUAUUCUGAAGGCUGGACACCAACAACGGAAGUUUAUCUAAUUUCUUUCCUGUUAACAACCCGAAGAUGAGUUUUUUUUUAUGGUUUAAACGCAACGAAGCUACAAGGUAAGCAACACAAAUGCUUUUUAUAAAAAGACGAAGCGGAGCUCUACGUAGAUAUAGUCGCUACAGUUUGUCAACCUGAAACCGUGUUUAACGCUUGUUUGGAAACUUGUCCUCCUGAAGACUUAACAUUACCGUUUGCGGUUGCUGGCAGGAACACGCGACACUUGUUUAGGUGAGUUCGUUUCUCUUUGGCUCGCAGACAGUUAGAAAGGCUGUCAGUCUUUCAGAUGACUUUGUUUUAUUUCUAUUUGGCGAAGUCCGUGCAUGUCACGAGUAAACCUCCUGUGACAUUACCCAGCCCGGGGGGCGUGGUCCUCACUCCUCAACCCUCGGGAAUUAAGUUCAGCAGCCAAAUUCACAAGUUUAAAGAUGAAAAUCCGAGUGAAUUAUCAUCGUCGGCGAUGAAAAUUAUAUUUGCAUAUUUGCCAACCUGCAGGCAUGUCAUAGCCAGUAUUUUGAGACUGGUAGCUGUGGUAAUUUCUUUCUUACAAAAAAGAUUAACACAAUGAUAAUUAGGUAAAAUAUCCCCAAAUCCUUAGAGAACAUCUCUAUUUGCUUUGGUGCUCAUGUGGGCUGCCUAUUUGUGCUACCAAUCCUCUUAGAUAAUUUAAGAACAAUAAACACUGCAAUAAUAAGGACGGGAAGCUCCGGCUUCCUCUCGAUGCAAGGUGUGAGAUUAAACUAUUAACACACACAUUUAUAUUCGCUUUCAAAACGUGACAUGCCCAAACUUCUGCGCACAGAAUCAGUUAAGACAUUUUCCUUAGCAAAAAAUGAAGGAGCCAUCAGGUCAUAUAGACUAUGUUCAAAAUAAAUAUGGAUGGAUGAGCGAUGAAAUCAGUCUUUUCUGGGUCAUUGUGCUGCUGAAUAUUUUGGAAUGACAAGAUUUUCUAAUUUCUUUUGCUCUCUAAUGCUGCGCCUUCAUGUAUCAGGAUCUUUGAGUGUACAGGAAAUGUGAUUAUUACCAAUAUAUUUCAGUGAUACCUCAUUAAUGACUAAUUCAUUGAUCAUUAAUGGAAAAAUACCUCUUCGUUUUAUGUUAUUGCAAAUAAGAAUUACAGUAUUGUAUUUGUUAUUGUUAAGAGCAUAUUAUGUUUUGGUUUAAUUCAAAGACUUAUUAGGUCUAUGUAUAUUGUCAAUAAUUUUUAUUUAUAUAAAAAUGUAUAAGCUAAAGCUUCUCCCUUUUGUUAUACUCUAUUUUAUGCACUGUUCUGCACUUCGAAAUUAUGGCUAAUUGUUUGGAUGAACUUGAGAAAUGAGUGUUCGAACAAAGAGCAAAAGAUACCGCAGUUGUGCACCUGUAGUGGAAUUUGCUUACAUGGGGUUCAUAUUCCUAAUGUGUGGUUUUGCAUAUGACAGCCUCUUGCUGAACUUUGAGUGAAUCUUUGUACUUCAUACAUUCUUGCACUCCAAGUCCCUUUUUACAUCUACUGUGCAGGCUGCCUGCAGGUUGAGCUAUUCUAACCUGAGGUAACCUUAGCGACCCUGCCAAGCUCCUCGAUCUCCUUUAAUGUUUUCGUGUGUGUACUGGUUUAAGACCUAGCCCAGCACCUCAAGCAGUGCUGAAUGCUAGGCCUGAGCAAUUUAUAAAGACAAGCUUGGAUUUAAACUUCAUUUCCACCACAAUGCUCUAUUUUUUUUUGACAGUGAAAGUGAUUUAAAGCUAGGACUUUCCACCUAGGCCUCACUAUUCUCAUGUAUCUACUGCAGCGAAUAUGAUUUGUAUAAAUGGUAAAUGGUCUGUAUUUGUAUAGUGCCUUUCUAGACUUCUGACCACUCAAAGUGCUUUUACACUACGUCACAUUCACCUAUUCACACACAUUCAUACAAUGAGACUAAAUGCUCAGAAUGCAAACUAACACAAUGUUAGUUCAGUAUCUUGCCCAAGGACACUUUGACGUGCAGCCUGGAGGAGCCAGAGAUUGAACUGCCGCUCUUCAGAUUAACGGGCAACCCGCUCCACCUCCUGAGGUAAAGCCGCCACUACAUUAUAGCCACCAAUGAAAAAAAUACAUUAAAGAAAGAAUAUUUUUUGCAUGAUCACGUCAUGCUGAGUUUGAUCUCAGUAGAGCAAAAUUAGUACCUGCAGCAGGCUCCUGCGUUUUUGUUGCAGCCUCCUACACACUACACAUUAUGACAAAUGAAUACUUUUAAACUGUGGCAAUCAAACUCUGACAGUACUGUCAAAACACAUAAAAUAAUUGUCAAUGAGCCACUGGAAGAGUAGAAUACAAGUGGUAAUAUUCUGCCCACAACGCAAUACUGAAGGCAUGGACUUAAUGAUCAGUCAUUCUCCUUCCUUUUGUGUAUAAUGUAGGCUGUAGUAAAAUACGAAGCACCCACUCAGACUUCUUUAUUUGCCAUUAAGUGCUUGACUGCACCAUGUUUAACUUACAUUGCUGAGCGACCAGUCCAACGUUUUUGCAUGUCUAACUGUUAGACAGGUGAUACCUUAAUGCUGUCUGAAACCCCACUUUCAGAUUUGUAAAACCUUUAAUAUAUUUGUGAAAAUACUGUAAAUUUCCAAUUUCACUGCCUUUUUCACAUGUUGACCACAUUGGAUAGGGUCCAGAUCAAAAACCACUAUAGACCUGUAAAAUGUGAUUGUCACAGAGAGGCUGAAGUUUCAGGAGAUUCAGGGUAAUCUAAAGGAGGUUUGGCAAAUUAAACUAUAAACCGUAACAUUGUAUGAAAAGUACAAAAUAUUUUUCAUAUUUGUCCUAAAACUUAUGUCAGAGGUGCUUUCACACAUAUUUACUGAUAAGACUACAAAGGCAAUUCAUCUUCGGACACCUAAGCAGCUAAAUUAAGUAAUUAACCAAUGCUGUGUUAGGUAUGUAAUGGGUUUGGAGGUCUUGUGUUUAAGUUAUUUUUUUGACUAGAUAAUAGGGCUCUUUUAUAUCCGACAUUUUGACUUUGAUUAGAAUGAAAAUCACAGGUGCUACUAAUAACACUACCAAUGGCUUGGGUGUAAUCCAGUAUCCCAGGUGAGCCAGCAGGCACAAUACCAGUGUUCACAUCAACAAACUCAUAUUAUUCUGAAAGAUUUGUCACUUAUAUGACAUGUCAGUCUGAACCUUAAACUAGGCCAGAUUAAGGCUUUUUAUUUCUGCUGUCGCAGGGCCGGCCCUGGCCAAUUUGCUGCCCUAGGCAAGAUUUCACCUGAUGCCCCUGGAUUUUUGUUCAUAAACUUACACAGAAACAAACUGCACAGCUUUGCAUUGUCAUCGGAGCAUUGUGCUCCUUCUCCUGCUCCAGGGCCCCUAACGAGCCCUCCACUUAGAGGACUCCCAGGGAGCUCACUCCUGAUUGGCCAGCAGAGUGUCUCCUUGUGGCUGGCUCAACUAAAAGCUUAAAACCCAGCUAGCACAGAGCGCACAAACAACGCUGUCAGUAUUAGCAGCCAAGCCCCAACCUGGACAGCCAACUCCAACACACCUGCUGCCUACACCCCUCCCUGACUGCCCCAGCCAUCAAUGUCCUUAAUCUAACCCAUAUGCCUCUGGGAACCAAAGUUCAACCCAGGGACACAAUAUGCAGUCCAUUCCAGUGUUCGGUGAUUAUGACUGUGCAGAGCCAAACAAACUUACAGAGUCUAGUCGACCCAAGCACACUUCUGAAUCAGCUGCUAACAUCCUUCUACGCUAUGGACUUGAAAAAGAGGACUUGGACCAUCUCAUGUUUUACCCUGAAGACCAGCUCACUCCUGAUAACCUGCCGUUCAUCUUGCGGCAAAUCCGCAUUCAGAAGGCCAAGAGUGCUACAUCAGCAGUUCAGUCAGUACCCUAUCCUGAACCCCAACCCACCAGAAGUGUGAGUGGAAUGGACAGUCACAGUUUGAGUAGUUCUAGAGGGGCAGGGAUGAGCCAGGAGGAAAUGUCAACGACUGCUCUCCAGCCGAGUAAAGUGACUGAAUAUGGACCUACGGGCAAAUAUAAUGGAGGGGUUGGGGAUGAGAUUGGAAGGACCGGUGACAGUAGAGCUAACAGUGGUGGGAGUGGAAGUAUCUUUAGACACAGUCAAGAACCACUGCAAAAUAUAACAACAGAGGUGGAAAGUACUGCUUUGGGCUCUUCAUGUGAGCAGGCAAGUUCUGUUACCAGUCUCAGUUCUUCGUACAGUUCAGUACUGAGCUCUGUGGCUCCCCCAAGAAAUGAUCCGGACAAACAAUUGCAGACCCAACCAAACCAGACCCAAACAAUCCUCAGCUUUUCCUCACUGCUAAAGAAAGACACAGACAUCAGAGUUCUCAAGACUGAAGACUCCAAACCCGGUCCUUCAAACGAACCAGUGGCAGACCGCCAGUCAGUGUUGAAAACUGGCAGUGAUCGCACCAGUGGAAUUAAGGAUCAGAGUAAAACUCAAGGUCAAGAUUCAACAGUUGCUGAGGAGAUGAAAAAGCAACAGACCCAGCAGACGCAGAGGCAGCCAUCAUUGCAGACGGGGCAGGAGAUCAGGCCUCCAGUUUUUCCUGCUGCAAAAUCAGUUCCCCCUGACCCUCUCAUCCCCAGCAUCACUGAUGGCUCACAGGCCAUGCAAUGUCCGGUGUUUAUCCCUACGCAAGGUCCUCCAGCUCUGCCUCAGCCAAUCCCGGAUCACAUGACGCUGCUGACUUCCAACAGACAGCCUCCAGCAAAGGUGGCAGUCUCCAAGGCUCUGCCAUCGCUGGCCAUGAUACAUGACUAUGUGGCGGUCUGGCCGAAAAUCUUUCCACAUACCUGUUCUCUGUGUAACAAAGACUUUCAUCAUAUGAAGGAUUGGCUCUCCCACCAGAGCACCAGCCUUCACCUUGAGAACUGCAAACUCCUGCGAAAACAAUACCCAGAUUGGAAUGGUGGGAUAGCACUCGGGCCAAGGACUGCAGGUAAGGAUGUCAAGCCCUCAGCAUCAACUUCUGCAAAGACUUCCCAACAUCGUCUACAUAAAACAAGGCAUGGAAGCAGCUCACGUUCCCGUUCGUCCAGCCCCCGUCGCCCCCAUGGCUCAGAGGUUAGAAGGGAGAAAUGCAGCAGCCAAGCACGAUCGUCGCACAGCUCCAGAUCCAAUCGCAGGUCCCGGUCUCGUUCUCACUCUCCAUGCUAUGACCGGCAAACCUCUUCCUGCUAUCGGUCAUGUUUAGGGAGCCCUGAGAGACAAUUGUUGCCAAGGAGGAGAGACAAGAAAUGGUCCACACCAAGGAAGAAUGACGAGCAACGAUCCUCUCCAAGGAAGAGCUGUGAGAGACAUUCUCCACCAAGGAGGAGAGACGAGAGAAGAUCACCACCAAGGAGGAGUGAGGAGAGACAGUCGGCAUCAAGUGAUGAGAAACAAUUGCCGCCAAGGAGGAGUGACAAGAAAUGUUCACCAAGGAGAAAUGAUGAGAGACAAUCUUCUUCCAGGAAAAGCAAAGAGAGACAAUUUACGCCAAGGAAGAGUGAGAAGAGAUGGUCGCCACCAAGGAGGAGCAACAACAGAUGGUUCCUGCCAAGGAGAAGUGACAAUAGACGAUGGCCACAAAGGAGGAGCCGUGAGAGGCGAUCGUCCACAGAAGAAUCAUCCCCUAAACGAAAGAAGUCGAGCAGUGCAGAGAGACUGGCUAAGAAACUACUGGAAACAUCAGCUGUCCAGUCUCUGUCAAACCAGUCUGACCUGGAGGCCGUAGUUAAAGCUCUGGCUCCUGCUUUACUGGCCGAGCUAGGCAAGAUGAAGUCCUCCUCUUCCUCUUUCUCUACAGCAAAGGGGGAGUCAUCUACAGAUCCCUCUAAAGCAACGCCCAGCCUGCAGAAGAGCAUACCAAGUUCUGCUACAAAGACAAAGGAAACUGAUUCUAAGGAGCAAAAGCAGCCUCCUCAGAAAAAACCUGCCACAUCCGGUGAUGCCACACCUCAAACCGCUACAUCCACAACCACCUCUAGAAAGGUUGUUCUCAAAAAAGCUGCAAGAGGCAAACUUGCCUCUCAGAAGAUUGCAGCUAAAGCGUCAGUUAAAGGCACGGCUUUCAUUAAAUCAGUACCAAGCAUAACCAAGCAGAUGGUUAAAACGGCAAAAACGGGAAAGUGUCCUGUGAAGGGAGCUGUGAAAAAGACUGUGGUAAAGCAUAUUAGUUCCAAGUCCACUGCUCAAGGAAAGAUGACCAAGACAGAGUCUUCGCAAAUGCAACCGCAGGCUGCAGGACACCCAGCUGAAGCUGCUGUGGAGGCAAAGCUGCCAGGUAGAGGGUUGGAGAUAAAGACAGUGCAAAAAACUUUCCAGUCUCUGUCAAAACAGUCUGCUCCUGAUUUACGGGAUGAGCUAGACAAGAUGAGAUUCUCCUCUUCCUCCUCUACAGCAAAGGAGGAGUCAUCUGUAGAUCCCUCUAAAGCAACACCCAGCCUGCAGAAGAGCGUACCAAGUUCUACCACAACGACAAAGUCUGGUAAAUCUUCACUUCCAACCACAGUGAGAAUCGAAGGGAUUAGUAGUUGUGUCCCACGCAAUGAUGUGAUUGUUUCUUUGGAGCACUUUGGAAAAACUAAGUCAAUUUUACUGUUUGAGUCACAACGGGAGCAGGCUACAGGACAGCCAACUGAAGCUGCUGAGGAAGCAGUGCUGCCAGGUGGAGGGGUGGAGACAAAAACAGUUCAAAAAGCUGUCCAGUCUCUGUCAGAACAGUCUCACAUGGAGGCCGUGGUUAAAGCUCUGGCUCCUGAUUUACGGGAUGAGCUUGACAAGAUGAAAUUUUCCUCUUCCUCAUCCUCCUCCUAUACAGCAAAGGAGGAGUCAUCUGUAGAUCCCCAUAAAGCAACGCCCAGCCUGCAGAAGAGCGUACCAAGUUCUACCACAACAAAGUUUGGUAAAUCUUCACCUCCAACCAUGGUGAGACUCAAAGAGAUUUGUAGUUCUCUCUCACACAGUGAUGUGAUUGUUGCUGUGGAGCACUUUGGAAAAACAAAGUCGGUUUUACUUUUUCGGUCCAAACUGGAGGCAAUCGUGUGUUUUGAGAAAGCAGAAGACGCUAACAAAUUGAAGAGCGCAAAGAGCCUCAAUGUUAAAGGAACAGUAAUCACUGUUGUCAGAGAAAAGGAGACUGAUUCUAAGGAGCAAAGGCAGCCUGCUCAGAAGCCUCCACUUAAAGAGCCUUUACCCUCCGGAGCCAAAGAGGCAACUACAAGCAAACUUACCAAGACAGAGGCUUCACAAAUGCAACAGCAGGCUGCAAGACACCCAGCUGAAGCUGCUGUGGAGGCAAAGAUGCCAGGUAGAGGGUUAGAGACAAACACAGUGCAAAAAGAUCCUGUGGCUGCAGGAAAAACACAAACGGAUGCAGCUUCAGCAAAGGCUGCAUCUCUAACAUCUGAGCCCACAGCUGCAGCAGUAAGAGAGCAGCUACCGGCAGUAUCCACGCUGUCUUCUGCAGUUACCCCUCUGACUCUUGGGGAGAUGGUAGAAAAGCACCUGGAUCCAAAGAGAAUAAUGUAUCUCAAGUUGAACAGCUAUACUUCACCAGAUUAUUUCAAAUAUGGUAAGAAGCUGUUGCUCAUAACUGGACUGCCGGAGUAUCACGAUGGCCGCUACACAGAGGAUGAACUUGCAGAACUUCUCAAGCCAUUUGGGUUUCAACAUAAAGAUGACACCAUCUAUGUCGUUCCUCAGACAUGCAUGGCCUUCGUCAUGAUGCCGACAGUGAAGAAUGUGCUUCACACAAUGAGGGCAGUCAGAGAGAAUGGCAUUUAUUUCAAAGGCUCUACACUCCAUGCCCAUGUUAUAUGCAGUUUCAUUGCAAACACUCCAUUUGGGUUUUAUGAAUCGCUGAUGAAGCUGAUGAAGUCUCGUGUGGUUGAUGAUGGAGUGAGAACAGUUCUCAUCAAGAACAUUUCACAGAGUGAGAUCAGGGACCUGAGAGAAGCUUUGAAAAAAGUCAGUUCUAUCAGAAACUACCUGCCUCUCCUCAACAAGCUGUUUAUAGAAUUUGAGUCUGUUUGCGAUGCUGAUCGGUUUGGAGUUUGGCACAGUCUCCUGAAACAAGCACCUCGACACGAAGUUCACAGGCUGAAAAUACCAAACACCUGCUAUCGAUCACCACCACCAAGAUUUCCUGAAAACGCUCUGCCGGAUAUCAAGGAUGUUGUUUUCGGGGCAACUAUCCCUCUAAUAAAAAACAUUCCUCAGGACAGCAUUUCACCAUUUUGGGUCACGAUGAGAACUAGCCCCUUCCUGUUCCCCACCUUGUCUCCCUGGUUCAUCAUCCCAGAUUACCUGACAGUCAGAAGAAAAGACGACAUUGAGAAGGCCAGUGGUUCCAAGUUCCCCACAAUCAUGUUGACCGGUUUGCCAGAGGGAAACUACCAGCAUGAGGAUGUGGCCAAGCUGGUCUGGCGGUAUUUCCCUAAACAGAACCUUCGCUCCCUGUACUACAACGUGACGGUCUUAACGCUGCAGAGGAGGGCAUUUGUGUUUUUUGCUGAUUGGACUACGUGCUGUGAUUUUGUCCGAGAUCACCUCAAAAAUCCGGUUUCUGUCAAAUUCUGCACGCUCAGUGUACACUUCGUUUUGCAACACAUGAAUCCCGAGUCCAGUGAGGAGGGGAUGUACAGAAGUCUGAUGAAGUGGAGCAAUGCUGGAGUUCCAGAGCUAAAGUCUCUGGAGGAGCGGUUGCUCUGUGUGGAGUUUUCUCAUACUUCUGUGGCCCUCAUCAGGAAAGUCAUCGAAGUGGUGGCUUCCAUCACAAGCUUUGUCAGCUUCCUGCCGCUUGCUAACAGGAUUUGCAUUGAGAUGGCUGACUCCAGCGGUGUAACACAAGUGGUGAAGUUCGCACCGGCCUUUUUUGAAAAGCAAACAGCUUGGAUGAAAGUUAAAAGUUUUGAGCCUUUGAAAAGCCUAAAAGAGCGUCUACGAGAUUCUACCGAGUUCACAAUAAACUUUCAAACAAACACCAUCAGUGUCAAAGCCAAGCCCCCAGCUGUGAAAUGUCACACUCAUUCUCGUCCCUCCAAACUUUUUGAUACUGGGUCACAAGCUGCUCUUCCAACCAGUGGCCCUGGUGGAUCCAACAUUUCUGAGCCCGUCACAGCAGGACCAAGUGCUAACAAAAAGAGGAGCCCCGGAAACAGCAACACAAGCUCUCGAACUGCAGCGGCUCAAGACGCACCACAAAGAAUGGAUGAGGAUGAUUUUACAGAUGACAGUGUUUCUGCCUAUCUUCCUAUCGCCUAUCUUUUUGAUGAGCAAAAUUUCUGCGGUUGUAGGACACCUACCCGCUUGUCCUCCACUGCACAUGAAAGGGAAAAGAUAACAUCAGCAGCAACUGUCAAGUCCUCAAGGGAGGCUCAUCCAAACCCACUUAGACAAGAAACACAAGACACAGAGAGCGCAGUGGCAAAGUCUGAUCACAAAGUUUCAGCAGAGGGCAUUGCUGCAAAAACUGUUGCUUCACAGACAAAAAUAGAAACAUCAUCAGAGAUGCGUCCACCUCCGCAUGGACAUGAGGUAGAGUUGAGCCAAACCCAGAGUCUGGAUGCUGAUUUUAAUGUGAACACUCUCAAAGACCAGAAGACAAGGAAACAGGAAGGGAAAGAAGAUGUUGACAAACAUUCAGAGGUGGAGGAGGACGACAGAGAAAAUUUCCAAAUCCUUGAUUCACUCGAUGAUCAAACAGAUGAACAGAUGGAUGAUGGGGACCAACAUGGCAGCUCUGAAACCCAGCUAACUGGACCUGAGGGAAGCCAGACUUUGCAUGAGGAAAAAGGCAUAUUCCACUUAGAGGAGGACAGUGAAAUGGAAACGACCAGUUCUUUACAAGUGCUAGACAGUGUUACUGAAGACCAAGCAGCUGCAGGUCAAGAGGACAGUCGCCUGGUCCAAGAUGACGGUUCCACAGUAAAACAACUGUCUGAGAAAGAUGCAAAUCCAGUAGUCGACAAAUCUGAUGAUGCCGUUAAAGAUGCAGUUGGUAAAGAGACAGAUAACAAAGAACAAUUCCAAGUGUUAGUUACAGGUAGCAAACAAGGUCCAAAGGGAGAUGGGAAGAAGAAAGAACAAAAAGAGGAAGAGGUCAAAGUUAAAACACUUUCAGCAGAAUCCUCUAAAACCUCCAAAGAUGUAGAAAAUCCUGAUGGCCGAAUCCCAAAUGAAGACCAGCUUCUUCAAGAAUGCAACAGCAAAGACAAUUUAAAAGGCCCUGCCACUGAUGUUACUGAAGAAGAAACCUUUGAGAUGUUGGAUUCAAUUAAUGAUCAAACUGCUACAUUAGAUGACAACCAAAAACUUGAAACCCCCAGUGAGCAGAUAUCCAAAGAAUACAUUAGACCCGAAGGGGAAGAGGAAGACACAGAUCUGGUAACCGAUACUGUGAAAGAUCAGCCAAUGAAGUCAGAGGUAGACGACAAGGAGAAAAGCACCAAGAAAGAGGAGGCGACCCCUAGAAAAGAUGAGAGACAAUCAAAGAGGAGUGACCCUGCAACCUCUGCAUCCAAAAGUGAAGAAAAAGAGAAAUCUCAGGACAAGAUGGUUAAAAAAUAUGAGACACAAACUAAGAUGGGCACCAGUGCAGCGGUUUCUAAAAAAGACAAAGAGGUCACUGAGGAGGUGGUUUAUGAGGUAGUAGAUUCUGUUGAAAAUGAAGUGUAUAGAGAUGCUUCCGCCACAGAAAGGUCUGGCAGAAGAAGGAGUGCAAGAGGAAAGAAAGUAAAUGAGAACGCUGAUGAUGAGCUGACCAUCAUGAGAAGAUCUACCAGAGUAAAAAGGGAAAGAACAACUAAUAAAGAUGCUUCGAUUGAGAAAACACAAAAAGAGGACACGCCAACAAGAAGGAGGCACGCUCCUGCCAGAGAGUCACAGGAACGAAGCAGGGAAAAAAAACCAAAGAGAGAGGCAAAAGUUCCUCUAAAAGAGAGCACACCAACAAAGAAGGACAUUGCUGCAAGAAAAGUAAGUGAAGACGAUGCUAACUGUGAAAUAUCCUCUAUGGAGGAUGGGGUUGUUAAGCAUGAUCAGCCCGCCACGGGAGGAGGAGUAAAAGGAAAGAGGGGAAGACCAAAGAAGCCGGUUCAAACAACUAAAAAAGACAAAGUAACAUUAAAGGCUGACGAAGACGCAUCCGAAAAAGUGGCUGAUGAAGCAGAAGCAACCGAUCUGACUCUUAAUUCUGUUGAGAAGAGAAAGGUUGAUGAUCAGCUCCCCACAGGACAGUCUGCUAAACGCAAACAUGUUAAUGACUCAGAGGAAAGCAUUAAUUUUGUGACCGUAGACGAGGUGGAGGAGGAGGAGGAAGAGAAAGUGGUAACACCCAGGACAAGAGGCCGGACAAAGAAGAGAAGCAGACAGACUCCUGCUGUGAGCAAGCAGAGGGCGGAGCUUGUCGAACCUGAAACAAAGCGAUCUUGUUCUCGGUCUCAUUGUGUCUCUGCUGACUACAAACUGCCGGCAUUUAAACCCAACAAUCCUCUUGGUCAGGACUUUGUGGUCCCCACAUCAGGUUAUUUCUGUAAUCUCUGCUUUGAUUUCUACGAGAGCACGGCCAAGGACCUCCACUGCAGCAGCCAGAGACACUACGACAACCUGCAGAAACAUUACCAGAAGCUUCAACAGAAACCAUCAAGACGUUCAACACAAAGUGCUCAAGGCUCUGUUUCUGAAUGAUCCCAACUUCAACUACGGAAUUAUUUUUGUAUUGUUUGUUAAAAAUGUAAAAAUCGGGACAAGAGAAACAGCUUCACGAAUCACUGCAGAGGAAGCAGAUUAGAUGUGGUCAUAGUGACUCCUUGUUUCAUGUAAAUGAUGUAAAUUAUACAACAAUAAUAUAAAGAUAUUUGAGCAUCAGUUUCCCCAUUAGGAUUUGAACUCCCUCUAAAGGUGCCUUGUUCUGCCUGUUACGUUGUAUCAAUUGUUUUUUGGGAAAAACAGAAACUGAGUUUCAUCAUGAAGUCUGUAAUGGUCACAUUUUUUUAACAAAUAACUCUUACUUUAAAGGGUGCUACAUGACCUAUUGUACCUAUCAAUAGAUCAUUACAAUAGUAUUUUUAAGAUGAUUAGUGUAGUCACCACAUACAAACAAGAGGAGAAUGUAAACCUGUAAGUUUGUUUACUUUUUUUAUUUACAGUUUUUGCAUAAAAAUCCUGAAUGGAACCGAUGGAAAUAAAAAAUCCAAAUAUCGCGGAAA